AUGCAGGGCCUUCUAUCAGAUGGUACCAUAAUUGCUGUCAAACAGCUUUCUUCCAAAUCAAAGCAAGGAAAUCAUGAGUUUGUGAAUGAGAUAGGCAUGAUUUCUGCUUUGCAACACCCUCAUUUUGUUAAGCUCUAUGGAUGCUGGCCACAAGAAUAUGAGUUGAAAUUGGAUUGGCCAACAAGACGAAAGAUUUGUGUUGGUGUAGCAAGAGGUUUGGCAUAUCUCCAUGAAGUAUCAAGAUUGAAGAUUGUUCAUAGAGACAUCAAGGCUACUAAUGUAUUGCUUGAUAAAAAUCUCAACCCUAAGAUAUCUGACUUUGGUUUAGCCAAGCUUGAUGAAGAGGAUAAAACCCACAUAAGAACCCGAGUUGCUGGAACUUAUGGAUAUAUGGCACCUGAAUAUGCAAUGCGGGGUUAUUUAACUGACAAAGCAGAUGUCUAUAGUUUUGGAGUUGUUACCUUAGAAAUUGUCAGUGGAAUGAGCAACACUGGUUACCGACCAAAGGAGGACUGUUUCCAUCUUCUUAAUCGGGCACUUGUUUUAAAAGAGAAAGGGAGUUUAUUGGAACUGGUGGAUCCAAGGUUGGGCUCAAACUUCAAGACAAAAGAGGUUAUGGUGACGAUCAAUGUGGCUCUUUUAUGCACUAAUGUUUCCCCAACAGUUCGGCCUACCAUGUCUGCAGUGGUGAGCAUGCUUGAGGGUAGGGCUCUUGUUCCAAAGCUGGUUCCGGAUCCAAGUGUCUCAAAUGAUGAAAUGAAAGUGAAUGCGUUGUGGAAGCAUUUUCAACACAGUAAAUAA